AUGGCAGCCAAACCCGGCUGGGAGCUGAUACCCCAACAGUGGAUCUUCUCAAGCCGAAAAAGAUCGGCCUUAUGUGUGUCUCCGCACACGAAGAGGAUUAAUGAAUUUGCAACGCACAACAGUGAAUUCGUGACUUACAACAGUGAAUUUGUGACGUGCAACAGUCAAUUUGCAACGUACAGCAGGGAAUUCGUUACUUACAACAAUGAAUUUGUGACGUACAACAGUCAAUUUGCAACGUACAACAGUGAAUUCGUGACUUACAGCAGUGAAUUUGUGACGUGCAACAGUCAAUUUGCAACGUACAGCAGGGAAUUCGUUACUUACAACAAUGAAUUUGUGACCUACAACAGUCAAUUUGCAACGUACAGCAGGGAAUUCGUGACUUACAACAGUGAAUUUGUGACGUGCAACAGUCAAUUUGCAACGUACAGCAGGGAAUUCGUUACUUACAACAAUGAAUUUGUGACGUACAACAGUCAAUUUGCAACGUACAGCAGUGAAUUCGUGACUUACAACAGUGAAUUUGUGACGUACAACAGUCAAUUUGAAACGUACAGCAGGGAAUUCGUUACUUACAACAAUGAAUUUGUGACGUACAACAGUCAAUUUGCAACGUACAGCAGUGAAUUCGUGACUUACAACAGUGAAUUUGUGACGUACAACAGUCAAUUUGCAACGUACAGCAGUGAAUUCGUGACUUACAACAGUGAAUUUGUGACGUACAACAGUCAAUUUGUGACUUACUACAACGACUAG